AUGUCUGACGCUAUGAAUGAAGCGCCUCCUGCCACCAACGAAAUGUCUAACGGCGCCGAGACCGCUCAGGCCGUGAAUGGAGACACUCAGGGCUACGAUGCUUCUCGCGGACGAUGGGCCGAGCCGCAGGCUAUCGACUACACCUCCAUGGCUACUGGAAAUCCGAGCCAGGAAUGGGGCUGCAAUGCUCGGGCGUACGCCUGGCAAGAUGAGUAUGGUGAUGUCGGCCCUAAGUAUCCUGAACUGGAGCUUGAGCUUUUUGGCGAUCCCGAAACUCGCCGCGACCGUACUGGACUGGACUUUUCUCGCAUCGAGAGUAUUGAAGUUCAGCAGGAAGGGCCGACCAAGAUUGACCCCAUCAGCUCCUUCAAGACCGGUGGCAUUCACCCUGUCAUGUUGGAGAACAUCGAGCUUUGUGGAUACGACAGCCCAACUCCCAUCCAAAAGUUCACCAUCCCCUCAAUCCUACAGGGGCACGAUGUCAUCGGCAUCGCCCAGACCGGGUCUGGAAAAACAGCCGCGUACUUGAUUCCCAUCUUGAGCAAGCUGAUGGGCAAGGCGAAAAAGCUUGCCGCUUUCCGACCAAACCCCCUUACUUUCCGCGAGGGCGUGGACGAAGUCGUAGCUGAGCCUCUGGUUUUGAUUGUGGUUCCCACACGCGAGCUGGCACUUCAGAUUUUCAACGAAGCUCGUAAGCUUUGUUACCGCACCAUGCUGCGACCCUGCGUUGUCUAUGGUGGUGUACCUGUUGGUACCCAGUCCUCUCUCCUGAGCAAAGGUUGCGACAUCCUGGUUGGGACCCCUGGGCGGCUGGUAGACUUCAUUCAGCGUCCUCGGAAUCUGACUCUUCGCCGCUUGCGAUACAUGGUGAUCGACGAAGCUGAUGAGCUUCUCAAUGACGACUGGGCGGAGGAGCUCAACCCUAUUCUCUCCGGUGGUGAGCAAGAUGAGGGAAACGUGAAGUUCAGCUUGUUUUCCGCUACGUUCCCCAAGGCCGCUCGCGACCUUGCCAAAAACUACCUCGCCGCUUCCCAUGUCCGCUUCCGCGUUGGUCGUGCCGGAAGUACGACAGCAAACAUUAAGCAGAUAGUCUUGCAGGCAGAGGCUCACGAGAAGCGUGAACUUUUGGUUGGUCUGCUGGAGGAGAUGCAUGGUAUUCGUACCAUUAUCUUCGUCAACAGUAAGCAAGCCGCUGACAACCUGGAUGACUUUCUCUUUAAUAUGCAACUCCCGGUCACUUCCAUGCACAGUGACCGGACUCAACAAGAGCGUGAGGCCGCAAUGCGCUCUUUCCGAUCUGGCAACGCGCCUAUCUUGAUUGCCACCGGUGUCACAGCCCGAGGGAUCGACGUCCAAAACGUGUUCCACGUCAUCAACUACGAUCUACCCUCUAUUGAUUAUGGCGGUAUCGAGGAAUACGUUCACCGUAUUGGUCGAACUGGUCGUAUUGGGCACCGUGGAGUCGCAACUUCGUUCUUCUCCGAACGCGACGACCCGAUCGCGAGUGUGUUGACCCGGACUCUCCUGGAAACCGACCAGGAAAUUCCCGAAUUCCUUCAACACCAUGUCCCCGAGGGUGAAGCUCGUGAGAAGCUCAAGUUUGAGGCCGACUCGGACUUCGAUCCCAACGAUUACGCUGGUGCUGGAGACGCUGGCGGGGCAUGGGGAAGUGGCGACACCAACGAUGCUGGUGUCUCUGGUGGUGAUGCUUGGGGCGGUGGUGGUGAUGGCGUCAAGGCCUGCGGUGGUGAUACUUGGGGUGCCGGUGACAAUGACAAGGCUGGUGCUUGGGCUGACACCUCCAAUGUUCCUGCUCCUGUCGCUUGGUAA